GUGAGAGGGUGACUUUCUCUGUCUAUUUUUCUUCCAAACGAAUACAAAACGUUUUUGUAAUCCUGCCUUGGAAUAUUGCUCUAUCAUAUUGGAAUAUUAAUGGUGAACUUGCUUGCAAAUCAGUAUGGCUGUUAAGGAUUUUUAUCGAAAUGGAUGCGCUCGAUGGCGUGUUUUCUUCCAACCGCAGUGGCAAGUAUUGUUUUUCAUCUCGUGCUACAUUCCUUUUGCCGUCUCUCAAAUUCGCUACUCCAUCCCUGAAGAAAUGAGUAAAGGCUCGCUUAUUGGUAAUGUAGCACAAGAUCUGGGGCUGGAUUUGAAAAGGCUUCGAAUGGGUCGAGCGCGUAUCGUGACCGGAGAAAGCACUCGGUACGCAGAGCUUAGAACAGACAAAGGGAUUCUGGUCGUGAGUGAGAGAAUAGACCGAGAACAGCUUUGCGGCGACAUCACGCCAUGCAGCUUCAGCUUCGAGAUUAUUCUAGAGAACCCAAUGGAGCUGCACCAGGUUACUGUCGAAAUCACCGAUGUUAAUGAUAAUUCUCCAGUGUUUGAAAAUAAUAAAAUCAGUUUUGAAAUUAGUGAAUCGGCAGCUCUUGGUUCGGGUUUUGCUUUAGAAAGGGCGUAUGACUCUGACGUAGAACUGAAUUCUUUGCAAAAUUAUAUUCUCUCACGAAAUGAUUAUUUUGUUCUUAAACAAAACUCAAACCCAGACGGCAGUAAAUACGUUGAGAUGGUUCUUGAUAAAGCGUUAGACCGGGAGAAGCAUCCUCAUCUAUCCCUGAAGCUGAUCGCUGUAGAUGGUGGAAGCCCGCAGAGGUCUGGCUCUGUUAAUAUAGAUGUUACUGUUUUAGAUGCGAAUGACAACGCACCUGUUUUUAACCAGACAGUCUAUAGGGCAUCUGUGAUGGAAAAUUCUGAAAAAGGUACUCCUCUAAUCACUGUAAAUGCGACGGAUGCAGAUAGUGGUACAAACGGACAAUUACUUUAUUCGUUUUCUGAUAUAAAAGAACAAUUUAAAGAUAUUUUUAACAUUGACGGGAAUACAGGUCAGAUAACUGUUAUAGGUGAUGUUGAUUUUGAGAAAGAUAAGCGGUUUGAAAUAAGAGUUAAGGCUAAAGACCAAGGCGGUCUGACAAGCACAAGUAAACUUAUAAUUGAUGUAACUGACAUUAAUGAUAAUGCACCUGCGAUAAACGUGAUGUCUCUCUCGAGCCCUAUAUCAGAAGAUUCGCCUCCAAGUACUACUAUUGCAAUAAUUCAUGUAAAAGACGCAGACUCAGGAAGAAAUGGACAGGUUAUGUGUUCUAUUGAUAAAAACUUCCCGUUCAGUAUCAAAUCGUCCCUCUCGAACUAUUAUAAUUUGAUCACAGAUGCCUUUCUUGACCGUGAAACUCAGUCAGAAUAUAAUAUAACAGUGAUUGCGACCGAUUCAGGUUCACCUGCACUCUCCAGCUCAACAACACUACGCCUCAAAGUUUCUGACAUCAAUGAUAAUGCGCCAGUUUUCGAUCGAAAUAGCUAUUCAACACACAUUCUUGAAAAUAACAAACCAGGGCUGUCCAUAUAUAGUGUAACUGCGAGAGAUUUAGACUGGAAUCAAAACUCCAUAUUGUCGUAUUUUUUAGAAGAUACUCAAAUUGGUGGAGAGCCAAUUUCCUCUUACGUGUCCAUAAACUCCGAGAAUGGCAUAAUACAUGCAGUUCGUUCAUUUGAUUAUGAGCAAAUUAAACAGCUUAGUUUCAUUCCUAAUGACGGAUAG